GAGUUGCCAUUUUGAUUUUGAAAAUGUAAACAGUCAACUGUCGUUCUAAUAAGCAGCGUGUUGAAAUCUUGUAUUAAUUUUGUUUUUCAACUUAUAAUUUAUUAUCGAUCUUUCAAGUUUAGUUAAUUUAUUCAAAAUUUUGUUUUACUUUGAGUAAUUAUGCUUGGAAGAUGCGAAGCUGACUUUCGUGCUCACAGAAAUCGCAGAAAGUCUAGGCUUGGAAAGUUUAAUUCUGAAGUUGAAAGACCUAUUGCGCUUCCUAGCUCUAUUGUCUGUGCUAUUGCACCAAGAAGAACACUUGGAAGUCGAAUGAACCAAGUGCUCUAUCAAGAAGCAGCUCUUAAAAGAAAGAAAGAAGCAGUAAAAGCAAAUCCAAAAAAGUGUCUGUUCUCUGAGCCAGAAAAUGAGAAUGCUGAUAAUCAUUAUCCAUCCAAGAUACAAAAGAGUGCCACUUACUCCAUGCAGUAUGGAUUCUCUUCAUCAGAGGAUCAUGAUGAGACCGGCGUUUUCCCAAUGGACGAUCCGUCAAAAACGAGAGUACUGGGUGUCAGAAACAUGGAGCCCCAAGACACUUCCGGUCAGCGACUUCCGCUCAAGGACCACAACUUCCGGUCUACAACCAACAAGCCAGCCCAACAGCUGUUCAAGAACCAUCCGACAGAGGCCGCCAAGAAAUGUCUUCCAAAACAGCUGACAUCUUGGAACCUGGUCCAAUCUCCCGUUUUGCCGAAGCUAAGUGGUUUCACAACUGCCAAAACUCCUUAUUCCCAAAAGUCAAAACAUGUUGACUCACCUGUUAUGCCUAGGCUAAGCACUUUCCCCCUAGCUGUAAAAACUACCAUAAAAAUCAAUGCUGUUCCUCCUGAGGAAAAUUCCUACAAAUCUAAGGAUUUUCCCCACAAAAAUGGUAGCUUAAAAUGUAGAGAUUCAGACAAUACAUCAAAUUCCAACUACUCUAAAAAUGGGGGGCAAACACAAUCUACCACAGACAUUACAGAAAUGUUGACUUUCAAGUAUCCUAUAACAGAUAUACCUAAUUAUUCCAGUGCAGAUUUGUCAACUAUGAUGAAUUUUAAGUAUCCCACUUCAAACAAUGAUCCUCGUUCAGAAAGGUUGAAUUUGAAGAAUCCUGUGAAUGAUGCUCUGAAAGAUUCUAGUUCAAGUCAUUCUGAAGUGAAAUUGAAUUUCAAGUAUCCUGUCACUGAUGAACCGAAAGGUUCCAAUGCACCUGUUUCUGAGUUUGUGCCGAAUUUUAAAAGAUACCCUGUUGCUGGGGAGUUGAAUGAUUGUUCUAGAAAUCAAACACAGUCAUCUAAUUGUAAUAAUUAUGGGCGGCAACAGUCAGUGACUGAUUCAUCAAAACUAUCCAAUUUUGAUUUCCCUGUAAGCGGGCGAGCGAAUGAUUGUGCUUCGAAUCCAACAAAACCAUCAAAUUCGAGCAUCACUGAUUCCAACCAGGUGGCAAGGUUUGAACGAGAUGUAUCCAACGAUUAUAAUAACCAAGGGAUGAUGUCUACCUUCAAGAUGGAACAAAUGACAGAAAAACAGAGGAAAAAGUCAAUUUCAGAAAUGGAAUUCGAAAAAAUUUGCCAAAUGAAAAAUGAUGGCUCACAGUCGCUGUUGUUGGAUUUCUGUCUCAAUGGCAAGUCUGUUUUGGAAGAAAAUGGCGCGGGAAAUAGUAAAGAAAAUGUUCAAAACAACGAUGCCACAAAUAAUCAUGGAGAGAGACGUAGUGUUUCAAGUAAUAAUAUGAAUGGAAAUGGUACAAGACGUAGUAUUUCAAGUAAUAUGAAUGGAAACGGACCUGCACGUAGUAUUUCAAGUAAUAUGAAUGGUAAUGGCGCUCGGCGUAGUAUUUCAAACAAUACUAUGAAUGGAAACGUAGCUCCACGUAGUAUUUCAAGUAACUUUCUGAAUGAAAAUGUUGUACAUCAUUCAAAACUGAAACAACCCAAUUUCUAUGCAAGCAAAGUUGAGAGUAAGCUACAGCCUUCAGGAGCUGAUCUAAAACUUAAUAAAAAACUCAAUGAUAUCAGAAAAGAUUCAUCAAAUUUUGUCAUUCAUAAACGUAAAGAUUCAUUCAUAUCUAGUGAUACAUUAAGCGAGGAUGAUAGCUUCAACCUCGAUACCAUCUUGAUUAAUAACUAUGAAUCUAGCACAUUGAUUGUUAAUGAACCGAUUAUGGAUGCCAGUGUGAAAGAUGUGGAAAAUAUUGAUGAGACAUUGAGUAAUAUUCAGUUGAAUGAUGUGGGGGAAACGUUUGUGGUAACAAGUAAUAUGCCAAGGAAAUUGUUUUUGGGUGGAGAUGAAAAUGUGUCAAGCGUUGUGGAUAAUGUUGAAGGUUUAGGGAAAACAUUUUUAGUUGGAGGGAACAUUGAUGGAACGGUUUCUAAAGAAAAUAAUGUAUUGUCCGUCGUGGCUCCUUAUCCGGAUAGGAAGCGGAGUAUAGGCGAAACGUUUCUGGUUCCCCAUAAAAAUGUACAGAAAGUUCUGUUUGAUGAUAAAAAGUUCUGUCAAGAGAACAAAGAAUCUAUUUUGAAAGCAUCAGCAUUUGAGGUUCAAAGUAAUCAGAGUAUUGAUAUGGGAGUGGAAAUGCUAAAUGAAUCAUUGGAUACGACUUUAAGGUUUGUUCAAAACGAAACACUGUGUGAAAAUGAGAAUGAGGCAACAAUGUUGGAGAGUGGUGUGAAGAAUAGGAGAGAAAGAGAUGGAGGAGUUCGUUGUAGGAGAAAUUUAGUAGAUGGAAUGAGUGUUGACAGAAAUUUGGAAGAGGAAAAUGGUACUAGAAGAAAUAAUUUAGUAGAAGAAAAUGCUACAAAAACUUUGGAAGGAGAAAUAAAUGUUGGAAGAGAUUUGGGUGAACAAAUAAGUGCUGGAAGGAGUUUAGUAGAGAAAAUGGAUGUAAAUGUAAUGAGAAACAAUGUAAUAGAUUUUAUAAAUACUGGGGAGGAAGAAAUAUAUUUGCAGAAUAAUAGGAAAAUUGCAGAUAAUUGUCAGUUUAUUCCCCAACAUUUUAAAAAUUCUACCACUUCUGUGGAGGUAUCAAAGAAUGAAGUUCCAGAGAAUAACCAGCGCAAUGACAGUUUUAUAAAUGAAGUUAUGAAGAGGCAAAAAUUGUUGAUUCAAAAAAGUGAGGAGUUAUUCAGAAGUCGUCGGCAGAUUAUGGCACAGAUAAAAGUAUUGGAAAAGUCUCUUAUAGAGCAGGAAGAUCAAUUUAUCGAGAUAAAUAGGGAGUUCUGUGAUUUAGUGACGGAAUUUGGUGAAGUUGUAAUUAAUCAAAAGGUGAAGGCUGCGGUAUCAGAUAAAGUUGAUACAGUAUCAAGUAAACGUGAUACGGUUACAACUGAAAUUGAUACAGUAUCAAAGAAAGAUGCUGAAAAAUUGACAGAAAGCGUAAUAGUUCCUUUUUCAGUACGGAAAAACGCCUUUGAUACCCCCAGAAGUGCACGACGGGUUAGGCGAAAUUUGGUUUUCAGUCAGUUGAAGUCAGAUUUCAGCUGUUUGAAAACCCCGCUACCCUCUACCACCAAAAAACUACAGGAAUCUACAGCGAAUAAAACUAUUUUGACACCAAAGUCUAUGUCGGUCUGUAUUCAGGAUCAGGUCAACCAAUUGUUCGACUCUUAAGACUCCAAUUUCAUACUGGAUCAAAGUAAUUGAUAAAACGACUUGAUAUUGUCACAACCAAUUUUUAGUAAAAUUGAAUCACCAUCAAAUGAAAAAAAAUGAGCAACUCAGUAGACACUAAUAUUGAUGUAAAAAGCGACUCAGGUAAUUUCCAAGUGUCUCAAAAUAAAGUUAUUAUUUUUCAAGAAAUAUGUGGCUGCGGCUAUAUAUCAAUGAAGCGAAUUCAUAUUAUCGCAACAACUUAGGCCCGCCGCAAAGUAGACCCACGCUAAUCCACGAAAAGCAACCCACGCCGUGGGAUGUUUUGUAAACCAUUGCUAAGUUUAUGUGUGAUACAUGCAAUGAAUAAUCCACUUGUCAGCUGAUUGAUUAUGAAUAAUUCUAUAGCAAUGGUUUACAAAACAUCCCAAGGCGUGGGUUGCUUUUCGUGGAUUUUCGUGGGUCCACUUUGCGGCGGGCAUUAUUCAUUGAAAAAUUAUAGUAAACUCUAAUAUAGUCCGUGCUAAUCUUAGUUUGCAGUACGGAGCUUUAUGUCCAAUGUAAUUCCUUACAAGAGUAAGAAGAGCGCACUGUUACCGUUUUUAUGCUAACUCCAUAAAAAUUACCCGUGCUCUCUUUUUUGCUCUUUCACAAUUGACUCACAGGCUUUCUGGCUUCUGUGAAAUCUGGCAGUACUGUACUCCAUAAGGGCAAUGCUGCAAUCUAGGUUAGACUAUAGGAACUCAUGAUAGAAAAACUAGUUUUUCAAGUAUUGAACUUUAAUAAGUUAAAAAAAAUAUAUAAACUAGUUUUGGUUACUACACAAUUUUCAAUUUCUGGUAGAGAUUAUUUUUAAUGUUUGAUGGAAUGAAAAUGUUCUAUUAAUUAGUAGUUAUGAAAAUAUCAAGUCGUUCUAUUCAGUAUGGUUAUCUACUACAUUAUUAUAACUACAUUAUGCCUCACAUUGAGAAGUAUUUAAGUACUUGUUCACAGGACAUCACACACCUUAGUCGUAAUAAUUGAUAGGAUACUACCAGAGAAAACUACUAUAAUGCUAUAUUCUACCACUAUGAACUACUAUAUGCUGUAUUCUGUGGCUGUGGGUACUACAGAUAGCGAAAUCUACUAUCCACCAGCAUAGUGUAGGCCUACAUUAGUUAUUACAUCAUAUACAUUAGGCAUACGGAAACCAAUUUAGACAGGCUUGCAUUAAUUGUACAUCGUUUAUGAGUUAUUAUUUUACUAAUAUGAAAAACGCUCCUGUAUUUAACAAAAUGAAUAUAAAACCCUAGAAUACUAGAAUAUUGUAGAAA